AUGCCCGCAGCAACCAUUGUUCAUGCAGCUUGCUUUGCAGUUGGCGCACUCGUUGGUGGUGGUGUUGCCGUUGUCGCAGGAAGGAGACAGGCCCCCAUCAUCCCCAUACCCACGCUGGGCUCUCCGCAACCUGUUCUCGACGUGAGACCCGGAGGAGUCACACAAAUUUCUACGCCAUCUACCGUGUACGCGGCACAGCAGCAGGUGUUGAAGUAUGGCAAUCCUGGACCUAUCUCUGACCAGCUUGUUCGAACGGCUUAUGUCGCUGGAUACGACCGCCGCUUGAGACAUCCAGCUUGGACAGCCGAGCACUUGACCCUCACUUCUCUCGGAAAGUCUACGCUAGAGUCUCCGUCAUCUAACAGCGAGUCUGGCGAUCGCUCCCAGUCGACUUUCGCUGAAGACUCCGCCGUACCCUCAUUGUUCCGCGCAAAACUGCAAGAUUAUUUCAAGAGCGGGUAUGACCGUGGCCACAUGGUUCCUGCCGCGGAUGCAAAGAUAUCUCAGGCUGCAAUGAACGAGACGUUCCUGUUGACAAACAUUGCACCUCAAGUGGGUGUCGGCUUCAACAGACAUUACUGGGCGUAUCUCGAGGAUUGGUGUCGUCGUCUGACCUCUUCUUUUGCUGACGUAUAUGUCUUCACUAUCCCUCUCUACCUUCCUAAGCUGGAUGCGGAUGGGAAAUGGCGCGUAACUCAUGAAGUCAUUGGUUCGCCACCGAACGUCUCCGUUCCAACGCAUUUCGCGAAGGUUGUGGUAACAUCGAGACCUUCUUCUCCUUCAAGUCCAGACGUGCCCGAGAUUUCAACGGGUGCGUUCGUUCUGCCAAAUGCGCCCAUUCCUGACGAGGCGAAGCUUGAGAAUUUCGUUAUGCCCGUUGAAGCAGUAGAACGCGCUGCAGGGCUCACUCUGUUCUCGGAUGCGCUCAAACAGAACUCAAAACAUAUAUGCAAGACAACAAAAUGUGAGGUCAUUGUUCGGAGAUUCGAUGAUGCUCAGAAACGGCCCGAAAUGCGGAGAGCUGUUUCCGCCCCUCGAUAG